AUGGACUGGACUGGGACCCAACCUCUAUCAGCUCUAUCCAAUCGAGCUCAAACAUCAGUGGCAACCUGCCCAGGCAGUGUUGUCCGCGAUGCCGACAAGGACGACGACUACCACCCUGACACCAACCCUCAAGGCCUGUGCGAACUAGAUGUCGCUGAGAACCUGCUCAUGCGCGACCACCUCCUCCAGCACAUCGAACGACACUACCCCGUCCGACUAUCAUCACAAUCCUUAACCUAUCCCAACGGAGGCGCCGGAUCCCAACGGCUCAAAGCCGCCAUGGCCCGCUUCCUCAAUCGCUCCUGGAACCCCAUCCGUGCAAUCGAACCACGCCAUUUAAUCCUCACCAACGGCGUCUCGACCGCCCUCGAGCAACUGGCCUGGGGACUCCUCGACCCCGGCGACGGCAUCCUCCUCGCCCAGCCCUACUAUGGCAACUUAAUCGCGCAUGUCUCCCUGCGGGUCGGGGCCACCGUCGUCCCCGUCUCCUUCGAACCAUCGAUAGACCCAUUCAGCCUCUCCGCCGUCUCCGCAUACCGUCUCGCAUUAACCACAUGGGAACAAACCACCGGCAAACGCGUCCGCGCCAUUCUCCUCUGCCACCCGCACAACCCCCUCGGACGCUGUUAUGCCCCCAACAUGAUCAAAGCCCUAAUGCAACUCUGCCAAGAACAUCAAAUGCACCUGAUCAGCGAUGAGAUCUACUCUCUCUCCGAAUGGGAAAACCCCAUCGAUAACGUCCCCCCGAACCCCUUCCAAUCCGUCACCACCAUCAACACCGAUGGAAUCAUCGACCCGCACCGCGUUCACGUCCUCUGGGGGCUCAGUAAAGACUUCGGGGCGAACGGUCUCCGCGUCGCAGCGAUCGUUUCACAAUCCAACCGGCAACUCCAUAGCGCAUUGGGCCGUCUAUCGUGGUACUCCUUCGUGGCUGGCCCGUCCGAUAUGGCUGCGACAAGUCUCCUCGAAGAUGACGAGUUCACGACCCACUACUUGCAGCUGAAUUCACAGCGCAUGCGGGUGGCGUUUGUCACGGCGGCGCGGUUCCUGAAGGAAAAUCGCAUUCCGUAUAGACCAGGCCCUCAUGCCGGGGUGUUUCUCUGGAUUGAUCUGGGGACUAGAUUCUGUGAGCUUCACCCCCGCGAGAAAAGCGUGGGUUUGUUGGAUUUGAAUAGGGAGAUUUCGGAGCAGUUGGAGGCUCAGAAGGUCAUGCUUGCUCCGGGAGAGUUGUUUGGGGCUCAAACGCCCGGAUGGUUCCGGUUGGUGUUUACUCAUCCUGAGUGGUAUUUGGAAGAGGCGUUAAGGAGGAUUGUCGUGGCUCUUUCUUGA